AAGGCCCCCACCAAGAUCCUCAAGCAUGGGAGCUGGGCCCUGAAGGCACCGUCGGCCAGUAAGUCGGCUGCUCCCGUUGAGAAGACCGUGCCUGGGGAGAAAACCCCCAGCGCCCCCUCCUCGGAGAUGCAGGAGGAGUUUGUGGGCGACUUCCAGGUCGGGGAACGAGUCUGGGUGAACGGGAAUAAGCCUGGAUUCAUCCAGUUCCUCGGGGAGACCCAGUUUGCCCCUGGUCAGUGGGCGGGGAUCGUCUUGGACGAGCCCAUCGGCAAGAACGACGGCUUGGUGGUGGGUGUGCGCUACUUCCAGUGCGAGCCGCUGAAGGGCAUCUUCACCUGUCCGUCCAAGCUGAGUAGGAGCUUGCAGGCCGACGAUGAGACCAACUGCCGGCAGCCAGCGCCUGCCGCCUGGGCCACACCGCCCCUGUCGGCCUCCCCGGCCCUUGCCGGCACCGCGAAGGUGCCGCAGUCCCCCGCGAAGGAGUCACCGGCCACCCCUCACAUCAGCAGCCUGACCAGGACGGCCAGCGAGUCCAUCUCCAACCUCUCUGAGGCCGGCUCCCUCAAGAAAGGGGAGCGGGAGCUGAAGCUCGGGGACCAGGUGCUGGUGGGAGGCAUGGAGGCCGGUGUGGUGCGCUUCCUCGGGGAGACGGACUUCGCCAAGGGGGAUUGGUGCGGCAUAGAGCUGGACAAGCCACUGGGCAAGAACGAUGGUGCCGUGGCCGGAACGAGGUACUUCCAGUGUCAGCCCAAGUAUGGCUUGUUUGCUCCCAUUCACAAAGUCACCAGGAUCGGCUUCCCGUCCGCGACUCCAGCCAAGGGCAAGGUGGCCGCCGUGAGGCGUGUGAUGGCCACCACCCCCGCCAGCCUGAAGCGCAGCCCUUCGGCCUCCUCGCUCAGCUCCGUCAGCUCCGGGGCCUCAUCCGUGAGCAGCAGGCCCGGCCGCACGGGACUAUUGCCGGAAACCUCCUCCUGCUACGCCCACAAGAUCUCUGGCACCACCGCCCUCCAGGAGGUGCUGAAGGAGAAGCAGCAGCACAUUGAGAAGCUGCUGGCCGAGCGGGACCUAGAGCGGGCGGAGGUGGCCAAGGCCACGAGCCACAUGGGGGAGAUAGAACAGGAGCUGGCCCGCCGGAACGGGCACAACCAGCACGUCCUGGAGCUGGAGGCCAAGAACGACGAGCUGCGGGCCAUGCUGGAAGGGACCGACUGGGAGAAGGUGGAGCUGCUGAACCAGCUGGAGGAGCAGAAGGAGGUGAAGGCCCUGCAGGCGGCCUCUGAGAAGCUUGCCAAGGAGAACGAGGGCCUGAGGACCAAGCUGGACCAUGCCAACAAGGAGAAUGCGGACGUGAUCGCCCUGUGUAAGUCCAAGCUGGAGACGGCCAUCGCCCCGCACCAACAGGCCAUGGGCGAGCUGAAGGCAUCCGUGAGCCAGAGCGUGGGCGCCGAGGCGGCCGAGCUGGCCGAGCUCAAGAUGCAGAUCGAGAGGCUACAGUUCGAGUACCAGCAGGAGGUGGAGAGCCUGAAGGCCCAGCAGGCGGCUGAGCGUGCGGCGCACGCCUCCGAGCUGCAGACGCUCAGGUCGCGGCUAUUCAGGACGGCCCGGGAGCAGAAGAACAGUCUGGAGGCCACACGGGCCAAGCUCGACCAGAUCAAGGACCAGCACCUGGUGGAGAUGGAGGAUGCCCUGAACAAGCUGCAGGAGGCGGAGACGAAGGUAAAGCACCUGGAUGGGUUGCGGGCCGUGUGUAGUCAGCAAGCCCAGGCCCUGGCCAAUGCCACGGCACAGCUGGAGGCCACCCGGCAGAAGCUCUUGCAGCUCGAUGGGCUCUGGAAGGCCAGUUCCGAAGGUCAAUUGGGAAUGGAGAAGCUCAGGCAGCAGCUCCAGGUGGCUGAGCGGCAGAUUCAGGAGGAGGAGAAGGUGGACGUGAGCCGCAGCCAGUGCCAGGCUCUACAGGCUGAGCACGCCAAGGCCAGCGUGGAGAGCCAGGGGCAGCACGAGGAGGCGCCGCAGGCCCUGCAGCAGCUGCUGCUGCAGGCGAAGGAGAAGCUGCAGGCGGUGCAGGCGGAGAACGGGAGCCUGCUGCGGGAGGUGGCUGAGCUGAAGACGCAAGCCGACAAGGAGCUGCUGGGCCAGAAGGCCACGAAACUCCAGCGGCAACUGCACUGGCUGCUGAAAGACCAGGCGCUGCUGGAGGCGCAGCAGACCGAGCUGCUGGCAGAGCGGGAGGCGUCCCUGCAUGCCCUGGCCUUUCUGGAGGACUCCAGGAACACCAAUGCGAAGUUUCAGAGUGAGAACGCGCGGAGCCGGGCGCCCCCCCGACGAGGGAGUCUCGGAGCCCGAAGCCUGAUCCUGACGCCGUCGUCGAUCCCGGACCCGGAGCUGCACGCCAGGGGCCCCCGCCCGCCCCACCCCGCACGAGGGGCCGGACGCCUAGGCCGCUGUCCAGUCCUGCCGCCGCCGCCGCCCGGCCCCGCGGACAGACGCCUCCGGACUCAGACCCCCGCGCCCCAGGACUCGCGCGCCCCCAGUAAAGACGGUCACGUGGCCUCGGGGUGCGCCUCGCUGGGCGCCAGGGGCUGGGGUCCGCCCCGCGCGGGGAGACGGGCGCCGGGGGUCGCCCGCCAGGAGUCGCAGGCCCUGUUCCGGCCCCCGCCAACCAACCUGGCGCCACGGAGCUCGGGCAUCCGGCAGGAGGCCCCCCAGGGACCGCUGCGCGGGCAGCGCCCCCUCCUGCGGCUCCGCAGCCACGGGCUGUUCCCCGAGGGGCGGGCAGGGAACCCCCGGGACGCGGGGACGCGGCCUGAGCGAGGCGCUGCUGGGUGCGGGUGGGCGGGACCCCCGCGCCAGGCAGGGCCCGGCACCUGUGCAGUUCGCACGGCGGCCAGCAGAGGGCGCCGCGAGCCGCUCACGGGGCUGCUGACCGCGCUGGGCCGGGCGCCCCCCGACGAGGGAGAUGCGGAGCCCGAAACCUGA